AUGAGGCAUACUGUUUGCAAAACAAUAGGCGUUACUGAAAUCUGCAAAUAUUUAUGGUGUGUCCAUCAUUCUAAUACUGAUCUCUGCAAGACCAAAAAGAAUCCUCCUUUGGAUGGAACUCAAUGUGGAUACGGACUGGGUUGUUACAAAGGCAUCUGCACAACUUCACCAGAAGCUGCAGAAAACCAAAAGGCAAAUCCAGUUGAUGGUUUAUGGGGCGAUUGGAGCGACUGGAGCGAAUGUUCUACAACCUGUGGUUGGGGCUUCAGUUACAGAAUCAGAUUAUGCGAUAAUCCACCUCCCUCAAAUGGUGGUAGGAAUUGCAUAGGCGAAGGUCAGGAAUUCCAGAAAUGUUACUUGGAUCAGUGUCCAGAAAUCGUAAAUGCUAAAAAUUCUAAGGACAAAAGACUCGAACAAUGUUCUAAUGUGCAAAAACAGCAAGGAGAAAAUACGACUGCCCGGUGGCUUCCUUUUGAACCAGAGGAAGAUCAUCUAAAGUGUUUACUGUUUUGCAUAAACGAUCAAACUGGUGAGGUUUACAAUUUGGAAAUAAGUGUUCUGGAUGGUACUCCUUGCUCGUACUCUGAAGAAGAUGAUUUGGAAGGUGUCGCACGUUUGGAUGCGAUGGAAUUGCAAAUUCUGGAAGAAAAAGAGACAUUGCGGAGUUUGCGAUGGAGAUGGUUCUACAUGCCAUAA